CACAGAGAUCAUUUUGAUGAGUUUAUGGACAUAAAGCUGUUAUUGAUGAUGAUUGAAAACAAACACAUGCCAUGCCAUCACCCACUUGCCCUCUGCAUUGUUAUAUGAGAAUGUGAGGACCAAAUACUCAGUGUUGGGUUUGACUUAUUCAAUGGUCUGAGAGACAAGGAAGACUUUUGCAAGAACAACCUGUACUACGUGUAUUCUUCUGGGAAACAACUUGUUUCAAUAUUUCUCUAACAUUAUUUAAAAGACAUAUAUUGCAAGUGCCAAAGCUAAUGUUUUGUAUAUGUACACGCAUUUUAUCUCAUUGUUCAUCUCCCUGGAGAGGAGGAGGAAAUGGAGAGUCGCCGGGUGGUUUUGUAUGUAUUGAUCGGAGUAUUUGCCUUUGUAUGUAUUGUUCAAGCUCAAGAUCAACAAGGAUUCAUCAGUUUGGAUUGCGGGUUGUCCCCGAGUCUGUCUCCUUAUGAUGAACCAUCGACGGGAUUAACAUAUAUGACGGAUGAGAAUUUCGUCCAGAGCGGAAAAAGCGGUAGAAUUGAGAAAGAUUUGGAGGCAACCUUCUUCAAGCAGUACUAUAAUCUCAGAUACUUUCCAGAUGGAAUACGAAACUGUUAUAACCUGAAUGUCACGCAGAAUGGGAAUUAUCUUAUCAGGGCUACCUUUGUGUAUGGAAAUUACGAUGGUCUUAACAAUUACCCGAGGUUCGAUCUGCAUCUCGGCCCGAAUAUUUGGGCAACGGUUGAUUUGAAUGGAAAACCAAAUGGCACUUUCGAAGAGAUCGUUCACACUGCAAGAUCAAACACUUUGCAGGUAUGUCUUGUUAAAACAGGAACAACUGCGCCGAUGAUAUCAGCCUUAGAACUUCGACCGUCGAUAAAUGGCUCCUACACUACUCAAAGUGGCUCCCUAAAGAUGUUUUUCCGAGUGUAUUUCAGCAAUGCAGGCGGCAUGAUACGGUACCCUUCUGAUAUCCAUGAUCGUAGAUGGUUCAAAUACUUCCAAAACGAUUGGACACAGUUAACCACCGCACUCAACGUGAACACUUCGAAAACCAGACUUGACUUACCACAAGGCAUACUCACGACCCCCGCCACACCCACGAAUGCCUCAGCACCAUUGUCCAUUACAUGGCAAUUGGACAAUCCUACAGAUCAAUUAUACUUCUACCUUUACUUUGCCGAUAUUCAAACUCUACUGGCCAAUGACACGAGGGAAUUCAAUGUUACUUGGAACGGGGACACUGUUUAUGGACCUUAUAGUCCCCCAAAGCUGGCAUUAGAUUAUAUCUACUCAACAUCACCUUUCACCUGCGACAAAGGAAGUUGCACUCUCAACCUUGUGAGGACUCCCAGAUCAACUCUCCCGCCUCUACUUAACUCCAUGGAGGCUUACGUUGUUGUUGAGUUUCCGCAGUUAGAAACGAAUAAAGACGAUGUGGCUGCCAUCAACAUCAUUCAAACAACUUAUGGAUUGAAUAGAAUCAGUUGGCAAGGAGAUCCAUGCGUUCCUAAACUGUUCUUGUGGGAAGGUUUGACCUGCAGUACCUCGGACAAUUUUACUGCUCCGAGUAUCAUUUCCUUGAACUUGUCUUCAAGUGGAUUAACCGGGAGCAUAGCCCCUGCCAUACAAAAUCUGACCCAGCUACAACAACUGGACUUAUCAAACAACAAUUUGACUGGAGGGGUGCCCGAAUUUCUGGCCAACAUGAAGUCUUUGUUGAUCAUAAACUUAAGUGGGAACAAUCUUAGUGGAUCAGUUCCUGAAUCCCUUCUCAACAGGCAGAACAAUGGAUUGAAAUUAGAACUCCAAGGAAAUCCGAAUCUUCUCUGUCGUUCUAUCUCAUGUGGUAACGCAGUUAAUGAAGGACAUCACAAAAAGAAUGUCAUCGUACCAGUUGUCGCAUCGGUUGCCUCUGUGGCCAUCCUCAUAGUCGCGCUGGCUCUCUUUUUUGUUUUGAAGAAGAAAAAGGCAUCAAGUGUCGGCGUCCAAAGUACUCUACCGAGUACGGGAACACCAGUUGCCAGAUCACCUCAAUCGUCUCAACCAUCGAUCGUAACUAAAAACAAAAGGUUUGCUUAUUCGGAGGUUCAAGCUAUGACAAACAACUUCCAGAGAAUUCUUGGGAAAGGAGGUUUCGGGGUUGUGUACCACGGUUAUGUGAACGGCACCGAGCAAGUGGCCGUCAAAAUGCUUUCUCAUUCAUCAUCUCAAGGGUACAAACAAUUCAAAGCUGAGGUCGAACUUCUUAUGAGAGUUCACCAUAAGAAUUUGGUUAGUCUUGUCGGAUACUGCGACGACGGAGAUAACUUGGCUCUCAUCUAUGAAUACAUGGCCAAUGGUGACUUGAAAGAGCAUCUAUCAGGUAAACGUUUUUUUUUUUCAAAGGUGAUAAGAUAUAUAACAUAUUUUCUUCAAACAUUUUCUAUGUUCACAUUUAAAAUUUGUCCCUAUUUCACAGGAAAACGAGAUGCCUCGGCAUUGAGUUGGGGAACUAGACUUAAAAUAGUUGCUGAGGCUGCUCAAGGAUUGGAGUAUUUGCAUAACGGAUGCAAACCACCUAUGGUUCACAGAGAUGUUAAAACGACGAAUAUAUUGCUUAACGAGCACUUACAAGCAAAACUCGCCGAUUUCGGACUCUCUAGAUCUUUUCCGACGGAAGGUGAAACUCAUGUGUCCACUGUUGUGGCCGGAACUCCCGGAUACCUUGAUCCAGAAUACUACCGAACAAACUGGUUAACUGAGAAGAGUGAUGUGUAUAGUUUUGGGAUUGUACUAUUGGAAAUCAUCACAAACCGCCCUGUGAUUGACCAGACUCGUGAGAGACCACACAUAACGGAAUGGGUGGGGCUAAUGCUUACACGAGGAGACAUCAAUAAAAUCAUGGAUCCAAAACUGUAUGGAGAUUAUGACACAAACUCGAUUUGGAGAGUGGUUGAGCUUGCAAUGGCCUGCGUGAAUCCUUCUUCAUCAAACAGACCGAACAUGUCUCAAGUUGUGAUCGAACUGAACGAGUGUUUGGCGUCCGAGAACUCGAGGGUCGGGACAAGCCGAGAUAUGGACUCAAAGGGUUCGAUUGAAGUGAGUAUGAACUUUGGUACUGAAGUGAUCCCAACGGCUCGCUAGUCCUCCACGUGAAGAUUCAAGAAUCUCUCCUUUAUAUAUAUAUAUAUAUAUGUGUGUGUGUGAAAUUUCAACUUUUGGUCUCUCAUUUGUGAGAUACGCUAAUUUGGGUUCCAUGCAUUGUGGAUAUGUGUACACUGACUUAUUUUUGC